GCUGGAAUAGGAUUCUAAGAAAUGCAGCUUUGGAAAAUAACAUAGCCAUCAGAAAUCAAGCUUAUUUUGCACAAUUAACACAUAAGCUACCACGCGAUAAUAACAUUGCCACAUUAAAUGACGCACCGUAGAAAUAAAAAGCUGUUGCAAUGAAUUCAAAAAGUUAAGUAAGCAGCCCACAUGCAUUUUCAAGAAAAAAUAUUAAAAACUUGAUUCGAGUAACUGUCCGUGUGCACUGCAGAAGGUCACGAGCAACACUUCCUCAUUUGUAUUAUACUGGUGCUAUUUAUUAACCUGUAAAAUGAGAAGAAAAAUACGCACUGUGCGGCCCAGGUUCCCUGGUGGCACCACAUAGUCAGUUCAUAAACAUUUUUUUUUUCAAGGAAAGCAUUUAUUUUGAGUUUUGGUGUCCCAGUUUCUGAAUGCACCAAAAUAUAUUUAUCAUACGGGUAACUCAGAUGAAGAAAAUAGUAUAGUAAAGAAAACAAGACCUAAACAAAGUGUUAGUCUGAUGUACUUUUUUGUUAGAUUUUAUAUAAAGUUAUGCAGGGCUAAGAAAUGAGACUGCCCCAAUUGGCUCCCCAAAGGUGUCACUGAAUUGCAAGCCAACAAGCACAAAAUCAGUUCUAUUCCAAAUAUUGUAGAGUUUCCUAAACACAUACUAAUGUUUGGUAAAGUUAUUUUCGAUUUAUGAAUAAAACUAAAGACAUUUGUUUGCAUUCUUCAGUAGCAGGGAAGAAGUUUUGCUUCAAUAAAUGACACUGUUCUUUAUAUUCAGUUCUUAGUAUUUCAACAUUAAUAUCCUUAAUAUUGUUCAUGUAACAGCCAUACAGUUCAUUUACAAUUCUGUAAGGUUAGCAUACAUGAAGUCAAUAGCCUCAGAUGAACUUUUUGACUUGGUCUACUAAGUAUGUAUUAUAAUACAAUUGUACUACUUACCGAAAAUUUUAAUCAGUUCAUCUCUAGAAAGACAAUCUGUUUUCAAAAAAUUAGUAAUUUUUCCCAACAUUCUGUAUAAAGCUUAUUUUACUGAUUUCCGUAUUGUUUAAUCGCUGUCACAUUUCAGUUUUAGUGAAUGUAAAAUUGACUUCUCCAUGCAUCCAUUUUUUAACAACAUUGAUUUGUCUCAGUUAAUUUGAAUUUCGGGUCUUUACAAAUCCAACCACCCAAGAAGUGUCUUUUGUUUUGACCCAGAAAUAUUUUGAAGUAUCUUGACUAUAAGUGAUCAUUUACUGCAAGUAAAGGUGAAGGUGAAUGACAUCUUUGCUCAAACGGAAGUGGUUUUAAAAAUAGAAAAAUAAGAUCUGGAGAUAGAAAGUAUGUUUGGGCAGAAAAGUGUUUGAGUAGCUGCUGAUAAAAAAGCUGCAUGUUUUUUGAGUUGCACUGUGACACUCUACUGAUUGCAAUUACUAUGGCAGUAUAUAAGAUAUCAGAACAGAUUAGGACUUUCAAUAGCGAUGAGUCCAAAGCUAUGGCCUAAUGUGACUUAACAUAGGGUGACAUCAUUCUGUAAGACCACAUCAUUAUGCUGCAAAGUCUUACACCACUCCCCCCCCCCAACAACAAGCUUUGCCAAUCCCUGCCCACCCCUAAAUUUGUCAUCCUGAUAAUGCAACUGGUGCCCCCCAUCACAUCUGUUCAGAUGUCCACCCUGAUGAAUCACUUACACCAGCUUCAAACAGCAUACAUAUGUUACGAUACAUUGUAAGGUCUGUGAUUAUAUAGGCAGUGUAAAGCAAGGGCAGUUAAAUGAGUGAUUUAUUAUAUCUGAUUUAGCACAACAAAGACUUGUCAUUUAAAUAUUCUGAAAUAUGCAGACUUGUUAUUAGUGUACUAUCAUUUAACCUAUGAUUUAUGACAAUAGAUCAGUAUAAAGCAUUAUUUAUUUGAAGCCACAAUUCCAAUAACCGAUUCCAGGUUAUGUAUGUAGGCUCCUUUCCUCCUUUCCAGUAUGCAAAUACUGAAACUGGUUGAAUUUACUUGAACAGCUGGCCAGGAACUGAACAUCAUUGCAGAAUCUGAGAUAAAUAGAACCUGACUAAUAUGUGACAAUUGUCUACGAUGAUGCACCAGCAUAUGCCUCAGUAGAAAUAUACUUGUUCUACAAUAACUAUGCUUUCAAAUUAAAAAAGUGUUUUUUGUCAUUUAUUUGUCUGCGGCAUUCUGCCUCCAGGAAGUACCACCCAGGAGGAGUUCAACCGCAGUGUCACCCACUUAGUUACCAUGUUGUCAAAAAAUUUCUGAAAAACAUAUAGUAAAUAUCACAUUUUUAUUCGAUUCAUAAAUCACAUAGUCAUAGUCAACACUGACGUGAAUGACAGUAUUCACAAUAAGAAAGCUUAUCAUACGUAUAAAUGAUUAUAAGAAAUCAUAUUUCAGCUUUGGGGGAAACUCUUUCAGGUAGGUGGGCUUUACUCAAUUGCCUCUGAGUCAGUGUGGUUCGCUUCUUGGUGAGAUUUUCAGAGCAGUUCUCAGAGAAAUAUGCCGUCAUCAGCAGCUUUAAGGUGACAGGAUAUCUACUCAUUUAUUUAUAUAGAGGUUUCAAUAGACCAUUUCCAGUUGUAAUGACCCAGUAUCUUACUGGUUAUCACUGUUGCAUUACACUGGGGUUUCAAAUCCCAUCCCCACUCUGUAUGUGUGGGGUUUGCAUGUGCUUCUUGUGCCAUGUGUUUCUUUGGGCACACCGUAUAACACCCCCAACCCUGACCAAGAGAAGCAGUUAAACACUACAUAUGGUCUUGCCAACAGGCACUAACUGAGGUAAAAUUUAACUGCUUGAACAGCUGCUAGAAUGGAAACUCAUCAAGAAGUUAAUGUUACUUAAGUUACUUAAUCCAUUAAAUAUUGAUUCUGCAAUGAAUUGGUCUUAACAUUAGUAUCCUCAAGAUCCUCUAUACCAACUCAAACAGCACUGACCUAGUCAGCCUGAAAGGUGAGACUACAACAGUGGUGGACAUUUCAUGUCCAGAAAGUAAAAAUCCAGACAAAAAUUCGGGUUCAACAAAUCAAUUGAGUAUAAAGAGUCACAAUCAGAUUGUAGUCAACUCUGGACUGUAGAAGAGGUAGAGUAAUUUAUCGACCUUGAUGGUAAAUGCCAAACAAGGAGGCAUAUACUCUCACCCAAGAAGAAGGAUCGGCAGUGUAGGCCGCAUUCCUGCAAGUCAAGCGACAUUCCGAUUAACUCGUCCUGUGAGCGAAGGUCACCAAUGUUAAAUCAGCCCUUUAUGGACCAGUGAAGUGGACCAGCUAUCAAGAAAAUAUGAACAUUCAUCAACACCUGCUUAAGCAGGAUCCUGUGGAUCCAACGUCAUCAGUAACAAUGAUGCUUUGGCAGAAAAUCAAUCAGCUCAUAAACAGCAUCACCAGCAAGGGUCUAUCCUGGAUGUCCCAAGGCAAGAAGAACACUUGCCUUCACCUGGAUCCAGCUGGAGAGAAAACCUCAGGACAGAGACGUCUGGAGAGCCCGUGCUGCUACAGAUCAAGAUGCGAGUCUUCAGAACCUUUUUCCUGUUCCUGUUUACCUGCUUUGCUGUCUCCUAUCCUAGCAAUUCACUACAGUGUGACAACCAAACACAGUACCCCCAAGAAAAUACAUGCUGUAACUUCUGUGAGCCAGGAUACAGGUUAGAGAACCCAUGUAAGGGAGGAUCCCCAAACCCGAAAUGCAAAAAGUGCAAUCCUGGAUUUUAUAUGGACACAUACAACAAGGAAAGACAAUGUCACACAUGCUUUGACUGCACUAUGAAAUAUAUGAUGUACGUCUUACACUGCACUUCGACUAGUAAUUCCGUGUGUGGGUGUGUGCCCGGGUACCGGUGCACAGACACAGCGUGUUCAAACUGCAAGCGUAUAACCAGCGAGACACCAGACACACCUCCGGAAGGCCUUGAAAAACUCACUCCUACUGAAGCUGCUGAAACAUCUGCUCCCUGUGAGCCUGGUGCUUUCUACAGUGAGACUUUUAGAAAGUGUGAAAAGCACAAAAACUGUACCUCCCUUGGCCUAAGCGUUGUGACUGCAGGAAAUUCUACUCACGAUGCAGUUUGUGACAGCCCUACAACAAGUGCAGGUACAGCUCAUGUUUCAAAGAUUUCCCCAGUACACACAGCUCCUGUAAGCCCAGUUAAGGAAGGUAAACAGUUUUGGUUAGAAAAGUCAUUGUUGUUUCUAUGUGUGGUAUGUGUGUGCAUAUCUGUGUUCCUGAUUGGUGUCAACUUCGCCUCGCGGUGCCACCUGAGCAAGUGGAGAGCUAGUGGACUCAGGAUUCCCAGGGACGUGGAAGAGGAAGAUGUCCAGAAGCCAAUUCAGGAAGUGUGUGGAAAACUGGAAACCUGUUACACUGAAAAUUACUAGCUGAGAGUGCGAGUUUUGCAACAGAUGACUAAUUGAGAAGUCUGAGGGGUUGUAUUUUGACAUUAGAGGCAGUGAACAGUGGACUGUUUUCUGUCGUGCACAGAAAAGCACGAAGGAAGUAAGACAAUCAACUGAGGCAUACUGACAGAAUCACACACUACAGACACUCCAUGUACAGUGGCUUGCAAAAGUAUUCGCCCCCCUUGAACUUUUCCACAUUUUGUCACAUUACAGCCACAAACAUGAAUCAAUUUAAUUGGAAUUCACGUGAAAGACCAAUGCAAAGUGGUGUACACGUGAGAAGUGGAACGAAAAUCAUACAUGAUUCCAAACAUUUUUUACAAAUAAAUAACUGCAAAGUGGGGUGUACGUAAUUAUUCAGCUCCCUGAGUCAAUACUUUGUAGAACCACCUUUUGCUGCAAUUACAGCUGCCAGUCUUUUAGGGUAUGUCUCUACCAGCUUUGCACAUCUAGAGACUGAAAUCCUUGCCUUGAAAUGUUUGGAAUCAUGUAUGAUUUUCGUUCCACUUCUCACGUGUACACCACUUUGUAUUGGUCUUUCACGUGGAAUUCCAAUGAAAUUGAUUCAUGUUUGUGGCUGUAAUGUGACAAAAUGUGGAAAAGUUCAAGGGGGCCAAAUACUUUUGCAAGCCACUGUAUACACUAUGGCUAGUGGCAUACAUGAACGCUGCUUACCUGCUACUAUUAUAUUUUAGAGUUACAGCUGUCUGAAAUUUUAACUGCUAAUAAGUCCGUUUUACUAUGAUUUGUAAAUCCUAGAUUUAUACUUUUAUAUUAACUCAUCCCACCUUAUAUUUGCUCAGCCCACUGCUAACAUACUAUGUUUGGCUAAUCAUCCAUCCAUCCAUUUUCCAAACCGCUUAUCGUACUGGGUCGCGGGGGGUCCGGGGCCUAUCCCGGAACAAUGGGCACGAGGCAGGGAACAACCCAGGAUGGGGGGCCAGCCCAUUGCAGGGCACACACACACACCAUUCAUGCACACAUGCACACCUCUGGGCAAUUUAGCCCCUCCAAUUAGCCUCAGCAUGUUUUUGGACUGUGGGGGGAAACCGGAGUACCUGGAGGAAACCCCACGACGACAUGGGGAGAACAUGCAAACUCCACACACGUGACCCAGGCGGAGGCUCGAACCUGGGUCCCAAAGGUGUGAGGCAACAGUGCUAACCACUGCACCACCAUGCUGCCCCAUUUGGCUAAUCAAUCUCUUUUAUAUAUAUUUUUUCCACUUUUUAUAAUAAAAAACUUUUUGGUCAA